AGCGCCUAUUCAUCGCUUCGCCAGGGACCAUUUACCCGCGAGCUGAGAGACUUGGUGUCUCGCCAUGAAUCAACAGUCACUCGUUUCACUCCUGCUCGCGCUGGCCGCGCUGCAAACAUGCCCAGUUGCCUCUCUUGCGGUACCAAGGCCACCGACUUUAAAGAGCCGUUCACUCCUUCCCCCUUAUUCGUUGCCGCAGGAUGACCUGCUCGACUUGACAAGAGCAGUUGAUAUCGGGACAAAGCAGGCUGGCUACUUAUACGGCCCUCCUGUUGCCGGUGGACCUUUCUUUCCCACCGGCGCCCUAGGUCUGGUCAGGGCCGCGGCCGAUCAAGCAGAGAUUCAGCUCGAUGAAGCUCCGAUCCUUGCGGCCGUUGCUGUCGAUACGACCGACAGCUCGGUUUCAGCUCCUCAGUACAACGGCCUGCAGACUCUGGACGAUUACACACUAUUAUAUGACGGGCACUGGAAGGCGACUCUCCCAUCUGGCCCGGUUCCAGGAAUGUUGACCAAUUACACUCAAGAUCUUCUGUUCUCAAUGGAACGCCUCUCGUUUAGUCCCUACCAGGUGAGGAGGCUCAAUCCUGCCUCGGAUACGUUGCAGUUCAGCGUCGACGAUGCCACUGCGACGAAUCUCACGGGCAUGACACUGCAACAACUAUUUGAAGACGGUCGGCUCUUCUAUGCCGACUAUCGAGACCAGAAAGAUCUCACUCCCACCGAUCGAUUUUCCGCCGCUUGCGACGCGUUCUUCUAUAUUGACCAAACAUCUGGAGAUUUCUUACCCCUCGCUAUCCGUACAAACGUGGGAUCCAGCCUGAUCUACACACCAAACGACGACCCCGCCGACUGGCUACUCGCGAAGAUCAUGUACAACGUCAAUGACUUUUGGUUUGCGCAAUGGAACCAUCUUGCGAGCACCCACGAGGUUGUCCAGAUUACAUACCUAGCCGCUAUCCGAACCCUGAGCGACAACCACCCCGUCCUUGCCUUGCUAAACCGGAUCAUGUACGAGGUAUACGCAAUACAACCGCUGGCGGAAACUCUUCUGUUCCUCCCUGGUGCGGCAGUCGAUCAGGUCUUCGCUUACACCGGUACCUCCGCCCAAGACUACACCACCAACCUCUAUAUGAACGGUGGUAGUGGUCGCUUUCAGGCCAAUUAUUUUGAGGCCGACCUUCAAUCUCGUGGAUUGAUCAAUUCGAACUUUGGCCCGGCGUUGAAAAACUUCCCGUUCUACGAAGAUGCUUCGACUAUUUAUAAUGCGAUCCAUGCCUUCAUGACUUCGUUUGUGAAUUCAUAUUACUCCAAAGACUCAGACGUCACGGCCGACAAUGAAAUGCAAGCGUGGGUGAAGGAGUCACAAGGCCCCGCUGAGGCGAUUGACUUUCCUUCGAUCACGACCAGGAGCGCCCUGAUUGAUGCUUUAACACAUAUGGCUCAUCUUGCCUCUACCUCCCACCACACGGUCAAUACGAACGAGUUGCUCUCCGCCAGUUCUACAUUGCCCUUCCAUCCCCCAUCUCUCUAUCAGCCACCCCCGUCUUCGAAAGGGUUUACAAACGUGGUGGACUUCCUCCCGCCACUUGACAAGGUCGAAAGCCAAUUCAGCGUGGCUGCCAUUUUUGUCCGCCCCUUUUUCGUGGGCACGAAUCGCACUCUGAUGCACAUGUUUGAUGAUCCUGCGACGCUCAGCCGCAUGAAUAGUGCCACUCAAGCAGCGGCCACGACGUUUUUCAACAGCAUGCAGGCAUUCAGUGGACAGGUUUCUUCGCGCACAUUCGACGAAAAUGGCCUGUCACAGGGGAUGCCGUUUGUGUGGCAGGCCUUGGAUCCCAAUGUGGCGCCAUUUUCUAUCACUUCUUAGGAUGGCUCAUUUGAGCCGUCCCUAUGACUGUCUUAUACAAUGUAUUUUCAACAUCCAUGUGAUUAGGGGGCAUGAUUUUUUUUGUUUUUCCCCUGCAGCAGAUAAUAGUUGGAUUCCAAACUUCGUUAUUCCCCCCGAAUCCUGAGCAAUUGCUGUGGAAAAUCCAUCCCCCUUGUCAGCUUUUAGGUAAACCAGAAGCGUAACAGCAACGCGUCCGAUGCAGCUUGCAAGGGAGCGGUCCCGGAACUUUCUCGUCAUUCACUCGAAUGGGACAG